AUGACCUCCGAUAUGAUUUUGAUAUGCACACAAGCACAGGCGCAUAUGGUGUUUCCUCAGAGCUGCAGCAAGAUGGCAGGGUCUAGAGAAUUCGAGAAGAGCGGAGCAAUGCAGCCACAUACCAUCGGAGUACAAACUGGGUACAGUUGCCAAGAUCACGACGCGGGGUUUUCAGCGAGAGGGGCUGGAGGCCUGGAAGGCCUCUGGUUCCUUAUCAAGACGCAGCUGAGAAAGCCAUGA